CCACGAGCACACGACUCCGCUUGGCUGCUACAAGCGACCGCUACCUCCGGAGGUGCGUAGAUCCUCAUCGCCUUCCUUGGAUCCCAUCCCAUGCAUGUCCGCCACAGAGCGCGCGCCUCCUCCCUCCCUGCCGGCAUAGCUAGCAGCACGUACGGACCGAGGCCAUGCAUGGACGACAGUCGUCGUGGCCCAAGGCCAAGACGGCGGUGAAGAGAUGGCUGAACCUCAAGUCCCAUUCCGACUGCAUCGAUGGAAGCUUUGGGCUUGGGCUGGUGGAGAGCUCUGCUGACGUGUAUGGCGGCUCCCCGUCCCCGCCGGCGCCGAGCUCGUCGCGGCGGCAUCCCAAGGAACUCAGCAUCUUCGUUGGGACAUGGAACGUUGGAGGGCGAGCGGCGCACGGAGGGCUGGAUCUCUCGAACUGGCUCGCUGACGACGGCCUUGGUGGUGGUUCCUCCUCUCCUCACAUCUACGUUCUCGGGUUCCAGGAGAUCGUGCCGCUGAACGCCGGGAACGUGCUCGGUACCGAGGACAAGGGCCCGGCGCGCAAGUGGCUGGACCUCAUCCGGCGAGCGCUGAACCACCCUCCAGCAGCGUCGCCGUCGAGAAGCAGCAGCAGAUGGCGCAGGUCUCCGUGGCGUGACACGCACCGGCUCCGGAAAGGCGGCCGGGUGAGUUUCUCGGACCUGCUGGCGGCGGAGGAGGACGGCAGCCGCAGGCCGAGCACGGCGUCGUCGGAGCCGGACGACGGUAGCGAAGCGUCCACGCCGUCACCGGGACCGUCGUCUAGCAGCGAGGAGGAGCCGGCAUGCGCGGCGGCCAGCAGGCGGCCACGCGGAGGACGACACCGCGACCGCUACCGCCUGGCGGCCAGCAAGCAGAUGGUGGGCAUCCUGCUGUGCGUCUGGGUCCGCGCCGACCUCCUCCCACGCGUCACUCGCGUCAGGGCGUCGUGCGUCGGCAGGGGCGUCAUGGGCUACAUGGGCAACAAGGGCUCAGUGUCCGUCAGCCUCACGCUGCGUCCCGGCGUUGGCGGUGGCCGGGGCGCGUCGCUGUGCUUCGUGUGCACGCACCUCGCGUCCGGCGAUAGGGACGGCGACGGCGCCAGGCGCAACGGCGACGUGGCGGAGAUCCUCAGGCGGACGAGGUUCGCACGGCGGGGCGCGCCGGGCCGCACCGCCUGCGGGACGAGGGCGGCGCCGGUGACCAUCUUGGAGCACGACAACGUGAUAUGGCUGGGCGACCUCAACUACCGGCUGGUGGCGCCGGCGGGCAGAGGAGGAGGAGGAGGCACGCGGACGUGGGAGCUGGUGGAACGGCACGAUUGGGCGGCGCUGCUGGAGCGGGACCAGCUGCGGGCGGAGCAGAAGGCUGGGCGCGUGUUCGCCGGGUGGGAGGAAGGCCGCAUUGGGUUCCCGCCCACGUACAAGUUCGUGGCCGGCUCUGACGCCUAUGCCAUGACGAGCCUCGUCGACGACGGCUCCCUGUCCCGGGAGAGGAAGAAGCGCACGCCGGCAUGGCGCAACGGCGUGUUGACGUGGCAGGUGCGACCGCAUCUUGUGGCGCGGCGAGGGGGUGGAGCAGCGGUGGUACGCGCGAGGCGAGUCGUGCUUCUCGGACCACCGCCCCGUCGCUGCGCUCUUCUCCGUGCGCCUGGGCGGCGGGGACUACGACGGGGCAGAGCGCGCGGUGGGGGCUGGCAGACGAGACGACGGCGACGACGACAUUCUCCUUGGGAACUACGAUCGAACGCACAAGCUUUCUUUCUGAGGUUUGGGAACAACAACAGCUGGUGGUAGCCUCAACCUCGAUCGUGGGCAUGUGUUGGGCACCAGUUUGAGCGGAGGCCGGACCGUCCGCAAUCCGAACGGUCCACGUGUGUGGGCCGGACGGUCCGUGCGUGCGCAUAGUAGUUUAGGGUUUUUAGUUUUGUGCUACGGUUGUUAGCUAGAUUCGCGGAAUUAGCUCGGAAAUUAGUUUGUAAAGGGUCCAGCCCCCCUCCUCUAUAAAUAGAGAGGUAUACAGCCGUUUGUAAUUAUCAAUCGAAUCAAUAACACUUCUAUUUCACAUUUA